GAAGUUAGCUAUGGAUGUCAUGUACUCAGUUAAAUUUCGCUCGUUGUAAUUUUGAAAUGGCGUGAUUGUAGUUUUUCAGAAUUAUCGACUUAAAAAGCGAAGCUUAACGAAAAAUCAUUGUGUUAUAAGUUAAAAAUAUAUAUUAUUAUCGAUUAAUACAAAUCGGACGUUCCUACUUGGCUUAGUUCUUCCAACUUAUUGUACUUCGAGGUGAUUUUGUAACAUAACCUCAACGAUGUUUAACUCUUCUAAAUUAAGCGACUCUUCAAAAUUUCUAAAAACUACUCUACUGAAUCCUUACGAUGAUUCUAUACACGAACCAAAUAGAACCUUUUCGACUCCAAAAAUUACGUCUACGCCAUUGCAUAGCGUAUUUGCCACUCCACCCAAAAAUCAAAUAAUGACACCUCGAAGAUAUUCUUUAUCUGAAGUUGCUACACCACCCAGGAAUAAUAGAAGAGAUGAUAUAAAUAUAAAAUCCCAACAAUAUACUCCUGGUCCAUUAUUAUCGUCUACGAAAUUCAAUUUAAGCGUUAGUACGUUCGAAGACGCCAAGAGUCCGGGUCUUGUUAAUCGAAUUGUCCAAUAUAACGACGAAGUGGAAAAACAAAGACGUCCGGCUACACAUCAAGCUAAAUAUGGCACUGUUGGGUUGUUUCCGAUAGUACAUCUUUUUAAAAACAAAUUACCAGUUUUGGAACAGAAACCUAAACGUGUUACCAUCAGAGUAGCUACUCCAGAUAAAAUGAAGCAUACAACUGAAUAUAAUAGAAAAUUAUUAGAAGGACUCGUAAAACCGAGUGGAAGUAAUCACAAUAUUUCUCAUUUGAACCAUUCUGAACAUUCAACAAGUACAAGAAGUGUCUUGGACGCUUUGAAGGAAAUAUCUAGAAAAAGAAUACACGCCAGCGAAGAGAUUGAUUUACACGAAGAAACUGGUAAAAGAUUGCGAACAGAAAACGAAGUUUGUACAGAUUCGAAUAAACGAGGUAGAGACGAAUCUCCCCAUUUGGAAACAUCGACGAGUCCCAACAAACCCGCUUCGAAGAAAAUCUGCAUGUACGACGAAUAUUUGGCGUCUCGCUCAUCGAUGGACUUUGCAUUCAAUAGAUCAGACUCGAAAAGAAAAUACAUAAGUACAAGUACCGUAACUGAAAAUCCCAAGGAAUCUAAACAAGUCAAAUUAGUUAAUGUCGAAACGCAAACAAUUGAAGAAGAAAAACCAGAAAACACUGAAGAUAAAUGUUUGGAAACUGAAGAUGACGCUGAAACUGACAAAACUAAAAAAGUGAAAUCAAUAUUGAAAGUAUUCGACGAUUCCCCGUUGGAGAGAAUAAGAAAAAAUAGAUUGGCAGCCCUUAUGGGUAACCUAGUAGGAAAAGAUCCGGUACUCAAAACGAAACCCGAUUAUCCAGACGCUUUGUCUCAUCAAAAAGACCCAGAGAACGAUGAAGACGUAAAAGAAACGACGGAUAAACCUCUAGUUUCGAUAUUGGCGCAAAAAUCCCCGAAAAAGACCGCUAAACACGUCACUUUUAAUAUACCGGAAACGACGACAGCAAGUGACACGGUAAACGACGUUGUUCCUUCACUACCGGAUACCAAACAAACUUCAAUUGAUGUUAAUAGAGAGGAAAUAUGCAAAAGUACCAGUACAACAAGCGUAAUAACAAAUUCAUUGAUUUUUACGUCCAGUAGUACUACUACUAAUAGUGUUCCCAGUACUACUACUAAUAGUGUUCCCAGUACUACUACUACUACUAGUGUUCCCAGUACUGCUUCUACAUCAAUUACAGUAGAAAAUCCGAAAAGUUUUACUUUUGGUAAUGACAAAAAAGUAGAAAAUCCUAUUACUAGUACCACUGUAGUACCGGUUACUUCUUCUCCACCGAAAAUCGGCGGGUUCAAAUUCGAUUUACAAAAAUCCCCAUCGAAACCUUCCUUAACCAGUAGUUUUAACUUAAAUUCCCAACCAGGUGUUAAUAUUACUACCGAUAAAGCGGAUACGGGUACUGCGAAAAGUACUUCAGGCGUCGUCGCUUCUUCUAACGAAAGUACCAAACCGUCUUUCACUUUCGGUUCUUCCGGUACUACUUUUAAUUUCGGUAAAACUCUCCCUACUUGUAAACCAACCGAUUUUCCUUCGCUAUUUGUCGGUGGUACUACCACUAACGCCGUUACCACCUCUGCCAAAACUAGUUUCAGUACCGUAACCUCGAUUGCGAAUAAAGAUUUGAUUACGAGUCCGUCUGUUACGAGUACUUUCGCUUCCCCGAUACCCGCUUUCGGUAGUUUUCAAUCUAAAGUUGAUAAUGGUAGUACCGGAUUCGGUAUUCUUCCUACUACGACAGCUAACGGUACUACUUCAGUUAAUUUUGCACCUACCGUAACUACCGCCUUCGGAAUAUCAACUACCAAUUCGAAUUUCGGUACUAACCCUAAUUUUGCCGUUACUACAACUCCUACUUUUGGUAGUACUACAACGCCUAGUUUCGGUACUACAACUCCCGGUUUUGGUACUACUAGUACUAAAAUUCCCGAUUUUGGUACUAGUACUACAACUCCUAGUUUUGGUACUACCAGUACUACAACUCCCGGUUUUGCUACCACUAGUACUAAAACUCCAAGUUUCGGUACUGCUGGAACUACAACUCCUGGUUUCGGUACUACUACUACUACAACAACUCCCAGUUUUGGUACUACAAUUCCUGGUUUUGGUACUACUACUGGUAUUACAACUCCCGGUUUUGGUACAACUACUACCACAACUCCCGGUUUUGGUACAACUACUACCACAACUCCCGGUUUCGGUACUACAACUCCUGGUUUUGGUACUACUACUGGUAUUACAACUCCCGGUUUUGGUAAUUCUUCAGGAUUCGGUAGUACGACCCCAGCUUUCGGUAAUUCUACUACUCAAGCGUUCGGUACUAACGGUACGUCCGGUUUUGGUUCUCCAACAACAACUGCUAACAGUAUUUUUGGCCCUUCAACGACUAUUUCAACUUUUGGUGGCACUUUAAACAGUACUUUCGGUACCGCGACUACGGCUAGUAGUGGUUUCGGAACCGCCGCUUUCGGAACCGGUACUAAUCAAGCGUCCGGUUUCGGUACUACCGUUACGUCGGCUUUCGCUUUCGGUGGUAGUACUGCUCCGUCGUCUACCGGUUUCGGAAUCGUUACUACGGCGUCCGGAUUCGGCGGUAACGCCGCUUCCAUAUUUUCUAAAACGAAUGUACCGUCUUUCGGCGGUACUGGUUCGAAUACUCCUUUUACGGAAACCGGUUUCGGAGCACCGGUUUCUAGUGCAUCAGCGUUUGGUACUGCGACGACGACGUCUUCGUUUAAUUUCGGAGGGGGUAACUCGUCGUUUACCGCUCCGACUACUACGAGUUCGAUUUUCGGUACCACCCAAAGUCCUUUCGGUGGUGCGGUGGCGGCGGCGACGACGACCACGACUUCGUCAAAUGUCAAUUUUACUUUUACGGGGAAGGGUACCACCAGCGGAACCUUUCCUUCUACUAAUACGGUGACUCCGUCGUUUGGAAGUACUUUUGGGCAAAGUGGUACCGGUUUCGGUGCUCAAACUACCGGUUUUGGUACUUCUAAUAAGGGUACGUUCGGUAAUGUGGCAACCGGUUUUGGAAGUAAUGCGGCUACUCCAGCUUUUGGCGGUACCACACCAGCACAACCUUUCAGUACUACAAACGCGAGUUUCAACAAAACUCAACCCCCAACUCAGAGUAACUUCGGAUCGCCUCAAUUCAGCUUCAACCAGCAAAAUAAUACUGUGAACAGAAGCUCCGUGUUUACAUUCGGUAGUGCUAGUGGUGAAAAAUCCGGUGUGUUUAAUUUCGGUGCUUCGAGCGGAGAAACCGCUAAAAAGUUCGAUUUCAACGCGAGUAGUAGUGCAGCUCCACCGGCGUUCGGAGCCUCGUUCGGCGGUAAUACGUCUGCUCCGGCUUUCGGUGCUACGGCACCUUUACCGGCCGGAGGGUUCAGUAUCGGUGCCGGAACCCCUACUCCUAAGAGAACCCAGAUUAAGGCCAAGAGGAGAACUUGAUUGUUAACGAAAAUAUUGUAAGGUAGAUGAUUUUUUUUUAAUUUUCGUUUUCGAUAAAAAUGUAAGUAGAUAAAAUCUGUGGAGGAAUGAGUAAAAUAUCGAAUUGUGACGGUUGUUUGAUGAAACAAUACCUAUUUGAAUUAAUUUUUUUUUGCGAAUGAAUACAAUCCGGUAAUUUGAUUAUUUCGCUAUUUCCAUCAGUUUUUCUUUAAAAAAUUGUAGUUUAAAUUUAUUUUUUUAUAUACAAAUACAUAAAAUAAAUGUAUACGGUGUUAAGUUAAUAUAUUUAAUAUGAUAUAAAUUUUUACUCAAAUUAGAAUUAAAGGAAAUCUAGUGUUGAAGUGGUAAAAAAAAUAUUUUGAUCCAAUUUUUAUAUUAUAACGAUAAUAGUCUUUAAUGGAUAUAAUCGGUGAAUUCCAACCUAACUUUUUGGUAGGGCACUCGUGUCGAUGAUCAAAAUCAGCUGAUACCCAUUUCAAAAUGACUGCCGUAAGGUAAACAACUGUUUUUUUUUUGUAAUUUUCUGUUUGAUUGAUUUGUUAGAAACGUUGUUUUGUUGUUGUUUCAUUUUUAACUAUAUUGGAAACUGGUGGGAAAUGAGCAGGAUUCUAAGUGAAGCUCUUUUCAUCUAAUUAAAAGGAGGUAACUAAAUUUUAAAUUUUGUCCUUGUACCUUUUAUCUGCCGCUGGGUUAUCAUUUUGCAAACGUCUCAUGUUUAAUAAAUUUGAAUGCAACAGUGGAAAUUAAUUUCCUGCAGACUGAGUAAAAAAACUAUGAAAAUACUCAAUUUCCGCUGUAUUAGUUUCACUAAAAUAAAUCUAAAAGUACCUGUGGGGUUCUUUUAAUAGCAUAAAACUAAAAAACAAUACAAAACCAUCAAACUGCUGGAAAAAAUCAAGAAAAGCUAACGAGUAAGUCGAUGGUUUACCCUACAUAAUGAGAUCUUUUCUUAGAUUGCCUAAUGUCAUUGUGAUUUCUUCUUUUUUUUGAUGAGCAUACUUAUGACAGAACUAAAUCAAUAACGUAACCUUACUUCAUCGUAUGUCAUUAAAGUCAAUUAAGUAUUUCAAAUGUCAUUAUUUCUCUUUUUUUUUUAAAAAAAAGUAAUAAAUUAAUUUUAUCUGGAAAAAAAAAGAAAUGUUUCUGAUAAAUGUUGAUAUUUAGAAAUUUUCUAAAUUCAAAAUGGCUGCGGUGUAAACUGUCCCCAAAAAAAAUUGAUGCGAUUUUCCCACCUUCCCAGGACUAUUAAAUUUAGUCUUUGGUUGGUUUUUUUGUUUGAAAAAAACUUGUACUCUAAACUACUGGUUUCUAAUUGGUUGUAAGCCAGUCAAAACAGUAAAAUGAUAAUUUCUUGUAACAUACAUUCGUUAUAAUAGAAAAAUUGAUAUCAAAAUAAUCAUUUAUAGUUUAAAUAAGUGAAACUUGAUGAUUUUUUUAUGAAUAAUACUUUUAUGAGUGAAAACUUUAUUAAAAAUAUUUUUUUAUAUAAUAAAUAUAAAUUAUGUGAAGUAAGCAUGAUGUUGUUUUUUAUAUUUAGCUAUGUUUAACUCUAAUUCAAGAAAUGUGAUAAAUAGAUUAUUAAAGAGAGAUUGUCAUGCUUACUGAGGCAUGAACAUUUUUUUUGUCAAUAUUUAUAAGGAUAUUUUUAAUUGUUUUUGUUCAGAUUUGAUUAUUUCAAAAAUAAAAUUAUUUAUUGAA